AUGAGACCUUAAUCAAGUCAAGACCUCAGACCCCUCACCUUCAACUACCAGCCUGAAUCUAUGGGCUUUGCUGAAAAUGUUAUCGAUAUGCUAGUAGAGCAGACGUUUUAUCAGCUCUUUUUGAAGUAAUUAGAGUAAAAAAAGAUGCCUUAUUGCAUUGAGCACACAAUAGACACAGUUAGCAUAGGAUGGUUCAACGCUUAUAGGAAACCUGAUUAGCCUUGCUGUUUCACUGAUGACCCUAAUGAAUUUUCAGAACCCUCUCCAUGCCCUAAAGAUCAAUGGUCCUCUAACUUAGUUCCAAUUCAAAAGAAAGAAAUCGAAAUCCCCAAUUUGGAGCUGGAUAUCUGGUAUUAGAAAUCAUCUAGAAAGUCUCCAAAGAAAGGCUAGCAGUCUGUGAGUGAUUACUCUAGUAUUAUUAAUCCUUCAAGAGUUAUAAGUACUAAAAGAAAGGGAAGAACGAGUGGAGUAAAUAAUGGGAAGCCGUAAACAAACAAGAGUGUUCCAUUAGAACAAUUCAUAGAAAAGCCCAAGCCUCAAGAAGAAGUGGAAGAAGAUAAAAUGGUAGAUAAGCUUAGGACUUAAAAAAUGAAGGAUGAUCUUAGAAUGCAAAAGAUCCUUGAGCAGCAGAGAUUAAGAGCAUAGAUGAAAAGUUAGUCAAGAAAGAGGAUGCUAAACAAGAUACAGUUCGAUGACUUCUCUAAUAUGUCUGGAAGUCAAAAGGAUUAAGAUUUGGAUUACAACUUUACUACAGAUCAUAAAGGAAAAAAACUGCAGCAAAACUACAUACCAGGAGAUAAGCUUAUGAAGCCUGUGAUAAUAGGCUCUAAGUUACUUAAGAACCCAAGUGAUGAGCAGUUCCUUGAAAGAAUGAGAAGGAUGAAUAGGACUAGAACAUCCUAAAAUUUAAUGGCAUUUAAGAAGAGAUAGUCGCUAUUUGACAACUAUAAGGAUUCAUUAAAGACCAUGACAAUGGCUAAUAACGAAGGGAAUAACCAGUUGGUAUUCAAUGUGAAUGAAAAGAAAUAUGUUAAGCCUCCUCCUCCUAGUUAGUUGAUUGAUCUUUAGGCUGGUGUCAAAAUUAGAGAUAAAUUCUCUGCAAGAGGUGGUGGUGAGUUCACAAUGACAAUGAGAAAUUAAAUGAGUAGAGAUGAUUACUUUGGAGGAGGUAGAUCUCAUCGAAUAGUACCACCUUCUCUUUAAUCCAAUGGUAAAAAGAGGGCAGUUGAGUCUGUGAGAUUUUCAGGGGAAGAAACAGAGAGAGUUCAGAGUACUGAGAAUCACAGAGCAGUUACUGGAGACAGGAAAAUGCAGGAAUCUUUGUCAACUAUCUACGGCGAUUCCAACGAUCUCCAAAUCAAGAAGAAACUUAGGAAUGUCGUUUCCCAGAAUGAAAAGAUCAUCAUCAAUAAAAGAAGAGACCAGAUCAAAGAUUUGCUAUCUUUCGACAAGAAUCAUCUGUGGACUGCUGGCAAGUUGAAUCAAGUACUAAAUCAAAAUAAUGAAGGAGAUAAUAACUUCAUGGGAAUCAAUCCUAAGCUAGAGGCAUAGCAGUUGUACUCAGCAAGAAAUACAUUCUCAUCUGGCUACGAUUUUGGAAUCUAGUCUACUGCACCUUAGUCCUCAGCAACUCCCAGAGUGAGAGAUAUUAUAUAUGCUGACGUGAAUCAAAUUCAAGCACGUGAAGACUAAUUGGAUAGAUUAAGGACAUCUUUGACUAGAUAAACAGCAGUAAAACCAAUUAGACCAAAGACUCUAGUAAAGCUAGAAAAUCUAUUGACCGAGAGAGCAUAAACAACUGUCAAGAUUAGAGAUAAAAACCUAAAGCACACUUACUCUGAUAUCAACAGCAAGAAGGCUUUUAAUUUGAGAGAUUAUUCAGAAACGUAAUGA